AAGUUUAUGUUGCUGAUCUUGAGGGGAGACUCUGCAGACCCUUUCCUCAGCAUCAGGGCCUGAACUCCAACUCAUUUACUGCCAUGCCAUGUGAUGAGUACCAGACCAUGAGCAAGAAAGAUGUUGCUGUUGCUGCUGCCACAAACGGGACCAGCAGACCCACUAGGCCCGCGAGAAAUUCAAGACCCCCUCCUCCUAGGCAACAGAGGCUGAGCUCCAGCUCUUUUUCCGACGCGUCAUACCAUGAUUACCAAACAGUGGUGAAACCACUCCGUCACCAGGACAGACAUGGCAAUCCCAAUCCUAAUCUCAAUCCCAAACUCAACGCCAGCAAUCCAGUCUGUCAAACGGAAAACUCCAGAUCUUUUUCCGACGCAUCAUGCCAUGACUACCAAACUGUGGUGAAACCACACCGUCACCAGGAGAGACAAAGCAAUCCCAAUCCCAAACCUAAUCCCAAAUCAAAUCCCUGCGACUCAUUCAGUCAAACGGACUGCCCAGACAAUGAUAAUCCAGACUAUCAGAACCUGGCAGCCAAUGGCAUCCCAGAUUACGAGUUCAUGUCAGGCAAUGUGGCCGCAGACUACCAGAAUGUAACUGACCGUGACGUGUCAGAGUACCACAUCAGAGCCACACAUCUGGGAGCCCACCACUCAACUGAUGUGUACCAGCAACUAAACCCUGAUACGAACCACGGCAACACUGUUUACAUGCGGCUGGACCACUGUGCAUCUAAAUAGAGUGCUGAUAGAAAACAAACAACAUGUAUGCAGAAUAUAUCAAUUUGUCAAACACAAUGUGUAAUAUAUAUGAUAUGUAAA